CGUGUUUUGGGGUUCGCGCUGCAAUUUAGUAGAGCUGUUCCAACGCUUGAUAUAAAAAGUUUAGCUGAGUCGGGCUCUAUAACUUCCUAAGUCGGACGCGCUGUUGUCAAAGUAAACAAGAAGCGAGGGCGUUCGGUGCGCAAGAACGUUUAAGCUUUUAAUAUUUGUUAAUUCGUAUGCAAAGCGGGUGCGAGGCAAACGGCGAAUGUCAAGAAGUAGCAACAAAAAAAUAGACGGUGUAAGUGUCGCGCGCAACAAGUAUCUGGGGGGCUCUAAUCGAACCCAUUUGUGAAUUUUGAAUGUCGCUGUGUGGCAGCGGCGGAUUAAACUAACGGUGCUGCCCAAAGAAAAACAAAAAGAAAUUUUAACGACAAACCGAGACAUACUCUACAACUUUGCCCAACAUGGAGACGGGAUUGCACGAACGCGAUCGUGCCGGCGUACAAGACUUUGUGCUGCUCGAGAACUAUCAGAGCGAGGAUGCGUUUAUAGAUAACCUAAGGAAACGCUUUCAGGAGAACCUCAUCUACACCUACAUAGGCCAGGUGCUGGUUUCGGUGAAUCCCUACAAGCAGUUGCCCAUUUAUUCAGAUGCGCAUAUUAAGGAGUAUCGGAAUAAGCAUUUUUACGAAAUGCCACCCCACGUAUUCGCGGUUACGGAUAAUGCAUUUCGUUCUCUAAUCGAGGAGAAUCGUGGUCAGUGCGUGCUCAUCUCCGGCGAGAGUGGCUCCGGCAAGACAGAAGCCUCCAAGAAGGUGCUGCAGUAUAUAGCCGCCUGCUCGGGCCACCAGACCACCGUCGAGGGCGUCAAGGAUAAGCUGCUGAAGAGUAAUCCUGUGCUAGAGGCUUUCGGCAAUGCCAAGACGAACCGCAAUGAUAACUCCUCGCGCUUUGGCAAAUACAUGGAUAUACAAUUCGACUUUAAGGGCGCACCGAUUGGUGGCAACAUACUCAACUAUCUGCUGGAAAAGUCGCGCGUUGUAGCCCAGAUGGGCGGAGAGCGUAACUUCCACAUAUUUUAUCAGUUGCUUGCCGGCGCAGAUGACAAACUGUUGCAGGAGCUGCGCCUGGAGCGUUCGCUCGACAGUUACAACUACUUAACCGAUGGGUUGAACGGCAGCGUGAGCAGCAUCAAUGAUGCGGACUACUUCAAGCAGGUGCAGCAGGCCUUGGCUGUGAUUGAUUUCACAGCUGAGGAGCAGCGUGAGAUCUUUGGCAUUGUGGCAAGCAUAUUGCAUCUGGGCAAUAUUGGCUUCAAGUCGCAGGACGAGACGUCCGAGGGCAAUGCGCAGGUGAACAGUCGCGAUCUGGUGGUCACGGUUGCUCGUCUGCUAGGCGUCAAUGCCAGCGAGCUGGAGGCGGCGCUAACGCAUCGCACCAUUGAUGCCCGUGGCGAUGUGGUGACUACACCCCUGAAUGUAGAGUUGGCCAACUAUGCGCGAGAUGCUUUGGCUAAGGCGGUGUAUGAUCGCUUGUUCUCCUGGCUGGUGCAGCGCCUCAACAUCUCGCUGCAAGCAAAAGAGGCUCGUGGCUCACGCAACCAUGUCAUGGGCAUUUUGGAUAUCUACGGCUUUGAGAUCUUUAAGACAAACAAUUUUGAGCAGUUCUGCAUCAACUACUGUAACGAGAAGCUGCAGCAGCUGUUUAUUGAGCUGACACUCAAGUCGGAGCAGGAUGAGUAUCGACGUGAGGGCAUCGAGUGGAUACCAGUAGAGUAUUUUGACAACAAGGUCAUAUGUCAGCUGAUUGAGGAGAAGCACAAGGGCAUCAUUUCCAUACUGGACGAGGAGUGUCUGCGUCCAGGCGAACCCACCGACCGCACUUUUCUCGAGAAGCUCACUCAGCAGCUGGCCGAGCACCACCACUAUGUGUGUCAUGAGAAGGCGCCCAUACAGGUGCAGAAGGUCAUGGGACGCAAUGAGUUCCGCCUGGUGCACUAUGCCGGCGAGGUAACCUACAAUGUCAACGGUUUUCUGGAUAAGAACAACGAUCUUUUGUUCCGCGAUCUUAAGGAGACUCUCAGCAAGGCAGGCAAUCAGUUGGUGCGCGCCUGCUUCCCGGAGCAGGAACUGCGCAGCAAGAAGCGUCCCGAGACGGCCAUUACACAGUUCAAGAGCUCGCUAAACAACCUCAUGGACAUACUGAUGUGCAAGGAGCCCAGCUAUAUACGCUGCAUCAAGCCGAACGAUCUGCAAUCCGCUGGCGUCUUCGAUGACCAGCUUGUGCUGCAUCAAGUCAAGUAUUUGGGCCUGAUGGAAAAUCUGCGCGUGCGGCGUGCCGGCUUUGCCUAUAGGCGCAGCUAUGAGCUCUUCCUGCAGCGCUACAAGUGCCUGAGCAAGAACACCUGGCCGAAUUACAAGGGAUCUGGUGGCGCCAAGAUGGGAGUGCAGCAUCUAGUGCGCGAUCUGGGCUAUGACAACGAGCAGUAUAAGCUGGGCGAGACGAAGCUUUUCAUACGCUGGCCACGCACGCUGUUCGACACGGAGGAUGCCUACCAGGCAAAGAAGCAUGACAUUGCCGCCAUCAUUCAAGCGAACUGGAAGGGUCUGCUGCAGCGGCGUAAAUACCUCAAGCUGCGCGCUCAGGUUAUUGUGCUGCAGAGCUAUUGCCGACGUCGUCUGGCCCAGCAGGCGGCUAAGCAGCGACGCGAGGCAGCGGAUAAGAUACGCGCCUUCAUCAAGGGUUUCAUCACGCGCAAUGAUGCGCCUAAUGGUUACAAUGAUGAGUUCAUAGCCAAUGCCAAGCGCAUGUGGCUGUUGCGACUGGCCAAGGAGUUGCCCAGCAAGGUGCUGGACAAGAGCUGGCCACCUGCGCCCGGUCACUGCCAAGAGGCGUCCACAUAUCUGCAUCGCCUGCAUCGGUUGCAUCUUGCGCGCAUCUAUCGCAUACAGUUGACGCCGCAGCGCAAGCGUCAGUUUGAGCUGAAGGUGCUGGCGGAGAAGGUUUUCAAGAAUAAGAAGAACAACUAUGCCAGCAGUAUUCCCGCUUGGUUCCAGGACGAUCGUAUACCAAAGGAGCACAUACAGCGAAUUAAUGACUUUGUUGCCAGCAACUUUGGCAGCGAGCAAUUAAAGUAUCAGUCAGCGUGCACCAAAUUCGAUCGUCACGGCUACAAGUCGCGUGAACGGUUUAUCCUACUAAGCAACAAGGCUGUCUAUGUGCUGGACGGCAAGAGCUAUAAGCAGAAGCAUCGCCUGCCGCUAGACAAGAUUGACUUUACCAUGACAAACCAUAAUGAUGAUCUAAUGGUGAUACGCAUUCCGCUCGAGCUGAAGAAAGACAAGGGCGAUUUGAUUUUGAUCAUUCCGCACAUCAUUGAGUUUAGCACCUAUAUAAUCGAUACAGUAGGCACAGCUGAUAUAGUCUCCAUUGUGGACCGAGAUUCACUGGAACAUAACGUGGUCAAGGGCAAGGGCGGUGUAAUUGACAUUCAGACGGGCGCCGAGCCUGGCGUUGUUCGUGAUAAGAGCGGACACCUUGUUGUUAUUGCUGGUCAAUAAGGAAUUUAAUAUAUUCAAUUACCAAAUGGCUUUAAAUCAAACGACAAUUGUUUUGUUUUUAUAUAAUUUAUAUAUUGUAUUUUUGUAAUAU